AUGGACACGUUCCUACGAUGGGCAGCAGAGCUUGGCGUUUCAGAUUCAAUUAAUUCUUCUCGAUCUCACGAUUCGUGUCUCAGCCAUUCCCUUUCCAUCGCCGACUUCCCUCUCGCAGCGGUCCCGAGAAACGCUUUGAUAACUACAAAAUCCAUGGUCGCUAAAGAUGAGAAAUUGAGGAAUGGGGUUAAACUCUUUCUGCGACUCAGCAAGGCGAAGGACUCUUUUUGGUAUCCAUAUUUGGUGCAUUUACCCCGUGACUAUGAUCUCUUGGCUACAUUCGGAGAAUUCGAGAAGCAAGCAUUACAAGUUGAAGAUGCUGUUUGGACUACAGAGAAAGCCAUAGCCAAGUCUCAGUCUGAGUGGAAGGAAGCUGGUGCGUUGAUGAAGGAGUUAGAUCUCAAGCCGAAGUUUCAGAGUUUCCAAGCAUGGCUUUGGGCUUCUGCAAUUAAAUUAUGUGUCGGCAAAAUCUACCACAAGAAGUCACAAGGCUUUGGAAACUAG